UUUUAUCCCCGCCGGCCCGGUCUAUUUUGAAAACGAGGUGUUUUGUUGGUGAUUUUGUCUACAUUUAUGGAAUAAACUAAAAAUAGAACUUUAAAAGUUCUAUUGUUUGUAUUUAACUUUUAAUGAAAGGAUAGUUUCAAUAUAAAAUCAUAAUCUGAGUGGUAAUACUGCGGUGUGUUGUUCAUUGCUUUGACCUUCUCAAGGUGACCGACAGGCCACUGCUCAGAAGUUAAUCUACAGUCGGGGUUUCUGUGAUCUAACGGGCGGUCGACUGUUUCAUAAUUAAAAUGAGUGUUCAAUCGGAUAACGAUAAGCGAAAGCAGAUCUCUGUGCGAGGUAUCGUAGCUGUUGAGAAUGUAGGAGAGGUGAAGAAGGCGUUUAAUCGCCAUUUACACUAUACCUUGGUGAAGGAUCGUAAUGUUGCUACUCCGAGGGACUAUUACUUUGCUUUAGCACAUACGGUCAAGGACCAUCUUGUGUCCCGUUGGAUCAGGACCCAACAAUAUUACUAUGAAAAGGAUCCCAAGCGUGUCUACUAUCUAUCAUUGGAGUACUAUAUGGGCAGAUCACUUCAGAACACAAUGAUAAACCUGGGUAUCCAAGGAACUGUUGAUGAGGCUUUGUACCAGCUGGGUCUAGACAUAGAGGAGCUGGAAGAAUUAGAAGAGGAUGCUGGCCUGGGUAAUGGAGGCCUGGGACGUUUGGCUGCUUGCUUUCUUGACUCAAUGGCUACUUUAGGAUUGGCUGCUUAUGGUUAUGGUAUAAGGUACGAGUACGGCAUCUUCGCGCAGAAGAUCGAGAACGGUGAGCAGCAGGAGGAGCCUGAUGACUGGUUGCGUUACGGGAACCCCUGGGAGAAGGCACGCCCCGAGUUCAUGCUGCCGGUCAACUUCUACGGCAAGGUUGUCGACACCCCCGAGGGAAAGAAAUGGAUCGAUACACAGGUGGUGUUCGCGAUGCCGUACGACAACCCGAUCCCCGGGUAUAACAACAAUGUAGUCAACACCCUACGGCUCUGGUCUGCUAAGAGCCCCGUCGACUUCAACCUGCGCUUCUUCAAUUCCGGUGACUACAUCCAAGCCGUGCUUGACCGCAACGUGGCAGAGAACAUCUCCCGCGUGCUGUACCCCAACGACAACUUCUUCGAGGGCAAAGAGCUGCGACUGCGCCAGGAGUACUUCAUGUGCGCGGCCACGCUGCAGGACAUCAUCCGCCGCUUCAAGUUCUCCAAGUUCGGCUGCCGUGACGUCGUCCGCACAAAAUUCGAUAGCCUCCCAGAGAAAGUCGCCAUCCAACUAAACGACACCCAUCCGGCUCUUGCCAUCCCUGAGCUACUCAGAAUCCUAAUCGACGUCGAAAAAUUACCAUACGAUGAAGCCUGGAAUUUAGUCGUCAAGUGCUGCGCCUACACCAAUCAUACGGUACUUCCUGAGGCGCUCGAAAGGUGGCACUGCUCCAUGUUGGAAAACGUAUUGCCGCGGCACAUGGAGCUCAUCUACCAUAUUAACUUCCUCCAUUUGCAAGAGGUCGCGAAGCGCUGGCCGGGAGACAUGGACCGCAUGAGGCGGAUGUCUCUCAUCGAGGAGGAAGGGGACAAACGAGUCAACAUGGCUAACCUUUGUGUGGUUGGUUCGCAUGCGGUCAACGGCGUAGCCGCGAUCCACUCUGAGAUCCUUAAAGCGACAAUAUUCAAGGACUUCUUCGAGAUGUGGCCGGAAAAGUUCCAGAAUAAAACCAACGGUAUUACUCCCCGCCGCUGGCUGCUCCUGUGUAACCCUGGAUUGUCGGAUCUUAUUUGUGAUAAAAUUGGGGACGAAUGGACGGUGCACUUGGAGCAGUUGCAGCAGCUGAAGAAGUGGGCGAAGGACCCGGCGUUCCAGCGCGCGGUGAUGAAGGUGAAACAGGAGAACAAGCUGAAGCUCGCGGCGCUGAUCGAGCGCGACACUGGCGUUAGGAUUAACCCAGCCUCCAUGUUUGACAUCCAGGUGAAGCGCAUCCACGAGUACAAGCGGCAGUUGCUGAACAUUUUGCAUGUGAUAACGAUAUACAACCGCAUCAAACGCGAUCCAUCAGUGGCGGUGACCCCGCGCACGAUCAUGAUCGGCGGGAAGGCGGCCCCCGGGUACUACAUCGCUAAACAGAUCAUUGCGCUGGCCUGUGCCGUCGGCAACACUGUGAACAACGACCCGGAGGUGGGCGAUCGGCUGAAGCUAAUCUACUUGGAGAACUACCGCGUGACGCUCGCCGAGCGCAUCAUGCCUGCCGCCGACCUCAGCGAACAGAUUUCGACGGCUGGAACAGAAGCGUCAGGCACGGGCAACAUGAAGUUCAUGUUGAACGGCGCUCUCACCAUCGGCACCAUGGACGGCGCCAACGUCGAGAUGGCUGAGGAAGCCGGGGAAGACAACAUGUUCAUAUUCGGCAUGCGCGUCGAUGAUGUCGAGGCCUUGCAGAAGAAGGGGUACAACGCAUACGAGUUCUACGAGCGCAACCCGGAGCUGCGGCAGUGCAUCGAGCAGAUCCGGAGCGGGUUCUUCUCGUCCGGCGAGCCCGCGCGCUUCGCGCACCUCGCCGACGUGCUGCUGCACCACGACAGGUUCCUGCAUCUGGCCGACUAUGACGCCUACAUCGACGCGCAGCAGAAGGUCUCCGAGGUCUACCAGGACCAGGCCAAGUGGGCCGAGAUGGUGAUCCACAACAUCGCGUCUUCGGGCAAAUUCUCGUCCGACCGCACCAUCGCAGAGUACGCGCGGCAGAUCUGGGGCGUCGAGCCCACUUGGGAGAAACUCCCCAACCCCAGCGAAACUGCCUAAACUUUUCCCAAAUGCCGCUUAGUUCGCGACUGUAUUCGACAGAGUCUACGUGAUGAGAUUCUACGUGAGUUUAAAUUUAUACUUUUAUUGUAGUUAGCGCCAUCUAUGUAGCUAAACUAUUACUAUUUAUUGCUAACAUGUAUUUGAAUCUAAAUCAAUUUAGAAUUAGUUUGUAAUUAUUGUAGUAGACGAAAUCACAUUUUUAAAUACAACAAGUGUUGACUGGGCACUUAUGUCAACCACUACUAUAGUUUUGUUUCGAGCUAUCGAGACUAGCUAUUUUACUCAACGAUUACAAAAACCAAAUUUGGAUUUAACCUGCCUCUGAGAUUGAGAUUAUGAAUUAAGCCAUUUAAUAUUUUUACCUAUAAUCAACCAAAAACUAGUCAAUAAAAAUCACUAUUUGUCCAAAACAGAGGCUAAACUUUGAUUUCAAUCCUCGCGUAUUGAGAAGUACUCUUGAGAACUAAGUAGCAUACAAUAAUUAAAACGGUAGCUAUUUGCAAUGAUCUAUUUUUGUAUGAAUGAUUUACUUUUUAUUUUACAUUGAAAGAGUUAAGAUAAAAAUGUGUUGUCAAUUAUUUCAUUGAAGAACUAAUAAGUGUAUUUUUUUACAUCGAUUAACGUACUAUUUUUACGAAUAAUAUUAUUGUCUUGUCGAUUUAUUUAGGAGUACCUACAUAAAAAAAUUUAAACUUUAAUUGUACUCAGCAAAUUUAUAUUGCUAUCUUCCAACAGGUUGGAUUUCUAAAUCUUAAUAGUUUUUAUCAUUUUGUGAAGUUAAUCUAAGAACAUCUUUAAUUUUUUUUAAUAUUUUGUAACUAAUCAGGCAAAGCUAUUCGAUAGGGCUUGUAACUAACUAUUCCUUGCUGUGAAGUUUUACAUAGAUAAGGGAAUAAAUUUUGUAAGUUCUUUGGUAUAUAGAAUCCUAGACGUUUGAAGCGAAACCCUAAAUUCAUCUUUUUAAAUGUAACAUAUUUACAAAAAUAACAGAACUAUGAACCUCAAAAAAUAUAUCAUAGACAAUAUUCUGGUUUUUAUCAAGACAUCAUAUGAAAUCUUUAAUAAUUAUAUUUUUGGCAAGCAUUGUUUUGGCAAGUUAUAAAUUUUAUUUUGCAAUUAUCUCUAAUUCUUUAGGUUUUGCCAAGGAUUUUUUAGGUGAUUCAUAAACCAGAUUUCGCCCAUAAUGCCAAAAUAGAUGACUGUCACAAAGAUUUCAUUGUUACAGUGUUGUCAAGUAACGAAUUGUUUUAAAGUCACAAUAUUGUCUUAGAUAUUAUGAAGUGUAUUUUUAUAGAACAUUAAAUAAAUUUGAAUAAUAAAAUGUACUGCUUAUAGUACCGUUAACAAAUGUAGUAAAUAUUUUAUGUCUUUUGGAAUACUAAGUUUGGUAUUCCUAGCAUAUUUCUCUAUUAUUAUAAAAAUGAAAUUAUUAUAUAGUAAGUACUUUCUCUGUAUGGUAGAGUAUAAGGUUAAAAUGUCCGAUUUUAUUUCGUGCCAUAUUUUUUGUAAUCAUAUUUUCAAUACUAUUUUGUGAAAUGUACGAAACAGUUUGUUAUUGCCUCUAAAACAUAAUUUAUAUAAACGUUAAGUAACGCGAAAACACGUUGAUAUAUAUUUUAAAAUAUUAGAAUUAAUAGUCGUUAAAUGUAUGAAGUAGGCACCUAUUUAUUACUCUCUAUAAAUAAGAAUCAAUUUUAAUAUUUAUAAAUAGAUUAUUUUAAUGACAUAAAUUUGUUGUUAUACAGAUUAACAAAUUUGUUUCAAUAAAUAAUAUUAUCUUUCAUAA